UGUAAUUUUUUUAGAUAAUCAACCCGAGUUUUCACUCACAGGUUACAUCGAAAAAAAUGUGAAAUUAGGCUGCUAAGUUUUUAUUGUUUUCUGAUACUGAGAAAGAAAAUCUACACGCUAAAAUACGACAACGGAUCAAAACAGUUUAACACGCAGAGAUUUGAUAAAAUAAAUCCUGUUAGGUUUGUUCAUAGUGAGAUCCCGUAGUUCAGUCUCAGUUCGAAGUGUUUGCUGACGUGUAAAUGGAGGUAUUGUACUCUGAAGUUAGUAUUUUCACUUUCACUUUAGGAAUGGGCAAGAACAGUUUUAAAUCAUGCAGCAAAGUAAACUUUAGCAGGUGCGUUUUGCUAGAAAUUUCGUAUCGUGUUAGCCAGGAUUUUUAGGACAUAACAGGAUUGCAAUUCGCUAGGCAACAUUACACUAUCAUGACAUGGAGAGGCCGUCUAACGACAGAUGAUUUGUGCCAGUACAUCGCUCUUUCCAGAGUUGUUAUUUGGGGUUUAAUCAUCCAUGGAGCUAUAGGUUGACUUUUUACGUGGAUUUUAUUGGUGUGAUUAAAUUUGAUCGCCACUUUACACAGUGUGUGUUUGGACAGUACUCAUGACUUCCCGGAAGAAUCAAAGACGCACUACCCGAUACUGUCUCCCACGAUUUGCCCUUCCUAUCGCCGUGACUUUGCCUGUGCUGGCGCUUGCCGCCUGCGUGUACAUAAGGUGUCAGUCUCAGAGGACGGCGCCACUGGGCAAGCGAUCGUCUUGGCAGCUGGGUGCAAACGUCACACGCCAUACAUGGAACCAUGCAGAACCUUCUAUGCUCAGAAUUGUGCAAAGCAGUUUGGGCACGCAGGAUAUCCCCGUGGCCAGUCACGAGGCACCCCCUGUGCCCGGUGCAUGUGCCGUAAGCCCGGAGAACCGCUUCGAUUGUGCGCGGGACCGUGCUUUGAGCCGGGAGGAGUGUGAGCAACGGGGCUGUUGCUAUGUCCCCGUGAUGCAGACUCUCCCCAGUGGACCCCCAUGGUGUUUCUAUCCUCCAUCCUACCCUGGUUACAGGAUGGGGCCUUUUUCCCCUACCGCUCUGGGCAGGACCGCUACUUUAACCCGUUCCACACCCUCCUACUUGCCCCGGGAUAUCGCUAUGCUCCGUCUUGAUGUCAUGGAUGAGACUGAGAGUCGGCUCCAUCUGACUCUGAAGGACCCUGCAUCUCCACGCUACGAAGUUCCACUGUCAUACACUCACUCUGCGAGGAGCUCACAGAGCAGGGACCCGCUGUACCUCACAGAGUUCCUCACGAAUCCUUUUGGCUUCAUAGUGCGGCGCAAAUCCAACGGCCGUGUGCUGCUGAACACUACAGUGGCCCCACUCCUGUUUGCUGACCAGUACCUGCAGAUCUCCACCUCCCUGGCAUCACCCCUAGUGUCUGGGCUGGGGGAACACUACACCCCUCUUACUCUGGACCUCAACUGGACCUCUGUUUCUUUGUGGAACAGAGACAUGGCCCCCCAUAGUGAUGUCAACCUGUAUGGGUCCCACCCCUUCUAUCUGGUGCAGGAGGGAGAUGGACGGGCCCAUGGUGUCUUUCUGCUGAACAGCAAUGCAAUAGAGGUGUUGCUGCAGCCUGCCCCUGCUCUUACGUGGGUGUCAGUUGGUGGCAUCCUGGAUUUCUAUGUCUUUCUUGGCCCAGAUCCACAGGAUGUGGUCCGCAGGUACCAUGAGGUCAUCGGGUAUCCCAUGAUGCCGCCCUACUGGUCACUGGGCUUCCACCUCUGUCGCUGGGGAUACUCCUCCACCAAUGCGACGCGCACUGUGGUCCAGCGCAUGCACGAUGCCCGUUUCCCCCUGGAUGUGCAGUGGAAUGAUCUCGAUUACGCUGACAAGCAGAGGGUGUUCACCUUUGACCCCGAACGCUUUGGAGACCUCCCUGCCAUGGUGAAUGAGUUUCACAAAAAGGGCCUGAAGUAUGUCCUCAUACUGGACCCUGGAAUCAGCAGUAGGACCCCUGGAUCUUACCUCCCCUUUGACGACGGGCUCCGGAGGCGUGUUUUCAUAAUGAACUCCACCGGACAGCCACUCAUAGGGAAGGUGUGGCCUGGUCCUACAGCGUUCCCCGACUUCACGAACCCCGAGACGAGUCACUGGUGGGAGGAUAACAUCCGUGAUUUCCAUGACCGCGUGCCCUUCGACGGCCUUUGGAUAGACAUGAACGAACCGUCCAGUUUUGUCCAUGGUUCUGUGGACGGAUGUCCUGACACUGACCUUGAGAACCCUCCCUUUGUCCCUGGAGUCUUUGGCGGGCAUCUGAAUUCCAAAACCCUGUGCAUGUCUGCCCAGCAGAACGCUUCUUCUCACUACAAUCUACACAACCUCUAUGGGCUGACGGAAGCCAUCGCCACCUACAGUGCCCUCGUGAAGGUUCGAAGGUCACGCCCCUUUGUUCUGUCACGCUCCUCCUUCCCGGGCCUGGGUCGCUUUUCGGGGCACUGGACGGGCGACGUGCGAAGCGACUGGGACCAGCUGCGCUACUCCGUUCCUGCUGUGUUGCUGUUCAGCCUGUAUGGUGUUCCGCUGACGGGGGCAGAUGUCUGUGGCUUUGAGGGCGACACCGCUGAAGAGCUGUGCGUCCGCUGGACUCAACUGGGCGCCUUUUACCCCUUCAUGAGGAACCACAACGACAGGCCCAAUGCCCCCCAGGAGCCAUUCGUGUUCAGCCUGCCGGCGCAGGCGGCCAUGAGGUCGACCAUCGGGCUGCGGUACUCUCUGCUGCCCCUGCUGUACACUCUCUUCCACCACGCCCACAUCUCUGGCAGCACUGUCGCUCGGCCUCUCUUCCUUGAGUUCCCCUCGGAUCCUAACUGCCACACCAUCGACAGGCAGUUCCUGUGGGGGAAUUCCCUUUUGAUCAGUCCUGUUCUGGACCAGGGUGUGACCGAUCUUGCCGCUUAUCUCCCUCCGGGCACUUGGUACAGUCUGCAUGAUGGACAGCCCUACUACAGUAAGGGUCAAUACCUGCUACUGCCCGCCCCCCUGGACACGAUCAACGUCCAUGUGAGAGGUGGACACAUCAUUCCCCAGCAGGAGCCAGCUCUGACAACUGCAGCCUCCCGCAGUAAACCUUUUCUCCUAACGGUGGCGCUGUCUGCUGCGGGCUGGGCUUGGGGCGAGCUUUUCUGGGACGACGGAGAGAGUAUGGAUACAUAUGAGAACGGGGAGUACUCCUUUAUCGUGUUCAUCGCAGAGCAGAAUCAGCUGGUGUGUGAGCCUCUCAGAGUGGACAAGGGCUUGGGCGAACUGCAGCUGGGAGUCGUCCGUAUUUUCGGGGUGUCUGCUUCACCCAGGGAGGUGCAACUGAAUGGAGACCCUCUGCAUUACUUCUCAUACAACUCUGAUACUCAGAUGCUGACUGUAGUCAGACUUGCAGUCCCCAUGACUGAGCCCUUCACGCUUCAGUGGAUUUUCUGACAGUCCACUUGAAUAUAGAACCUUCGUGUGUGUUUUUCACUGGGAGCCAAAAUUCUUGCUGUAAAAUUCUUAAAAUCCAGGGAUGCUGUCAUCUGGCUGGGUUCAGUGUUCUGAGCGAUGCUAUUCUUUCCUUACAAUCCUCUGAAUGGCCUCAUUUGGCCUCUCACACAAUCUGCCCUCCUGCGAGUGUUUCAUUUACUGUCAUGAUCAUUUAAUAAAAAUGAUGUUUUUGGGAAA